AUGGCCACUCACAAAGCCAAGGCUCAUCAUCUUGCAAAGGAACAUCAAUGUCCUGAUCCUGCCAGUUGUCAAGGUUGUAUUGAUAGCAGCCAGCGUCGUCCCAGAGGUCCAACCAAUGAUAACCAGAAGGUGGGCAAGUUCAAGUGUCAUCAUGAUGACUGCACCAAGAGCUACAUCAACGCGGACCCCCUGCUUCAGCAUUGUAAGAAGCAACACAAGUGUCCAAGCACUUAUGGAUCAUGUAUAAACAUUCGUGAAUACCGCAAUCAGAAGUAUCAUGCAUUACACGACGACACUCAAACAAUCGAGAGAUUCUUGGCCGAGGGAUUCCUCAGGUGUGAUCAUCCAGAAUGCAUCUACUUCUUCAAGACUGGUAACUCCAAACAAGAGCACAUGAUCCAACGACACCAGUGUUCCGAUCCACAUGGAUGCGAGGCAUGUGUCAAGCGCAACUUUCACAUCGACAAUGGCGACAAUGACGACGUUGGGGAGUAUAAACCCCAGGUCCAGCCCGAUGGAAGAAGAAUACGAUUACCUAGAAGGCUGCGCACGAUCAUCAGUGGUGAGCUGGUGAGUCCAAAGAAGUGGAUCACCAACACAAAGACAAACAACCCAACAGCCUUUGUCAAGCCCAAUCAAGUUGGAGUGUGGAACGAGAGCAUGUUCAAUCUGAUCAAAUGUCCACUUAUUGGAUGUGAGGAAUGUCCCGUCACCAUGAUCGUCCUGACGACAAUGAUGCACACCGAGUUGAUUGGUUGCUAG